AUGUCGGCAGUCCAAGAUCUCUCUGGUGCCCGCUUCACAGCCACACACCGCUCUACAACCUACGACUACAUUUCUCCCUUGAAGCUAGACCUAGCCGGAAGACACGUUCUGAUCACGGGUGCCGCUUGGGAGGACGGAGUGGGGUACGCCACAGCCACGGCUUUCGCGCGUGCGGGAGCUUCCGCGAUAGCCGUAGCAGACCUCCACGGCGUAUCUGCCGACCUUACUGAGAAGUUGAAGUUGACGGCCACGCAAGCCGGUCGUUCCGAGCCAAUGGUGCGAAGCUACACUGUCGACAUUGCAAGCCAAGAAAGUGUUCAAGCAAUGCAUGAAACGGUCUCACGAGACUUUAGUGGGCGUUUGGACAUAGUCGUCAACAAUGCAGCACAUAUGGAACCACCCAAGCCAAUCCUUGACUCGGAUCCGGACGUGUAUUGGAGGACAUGGGAAGUCAAUGUCCAUGGACUUUUCAAUAUGGCACGCGCAUUCCUCCCUAUGCAAUUGUCGACUCGUGCUAGUGGUGGUUCAUGCAUAAUGAUUAACUUAGCUUCCUCGGGCGCUCUGACCGCUCGCCCUGUAGGCGGAAGUUAUCGAAGCUCGAAGCUUGCGAUAUUGAGGUGGACGGAGUCUUUGCAGUUGGAAUAUGGUGAUCGGGGCCUCUUGGCCUUUUGUGUCAAUCCCGGUGCGAUCAAAACGAAGAUCUCUGAGGACUUGCCGCAGAGGGUGCGGGAUGCAUUCCCUGAUCGGCCAGAUGUAGCGGGUGAUACGAUUGCGUGGUUGGCUGCUGAGCGUAGAGAGUGGCUGGGCGGGAGAUAUGUGAGCUGUCCCUGGGAUAUGGAGGAGCUUGUGGAGAAGAAAAACGAGAUCGUCGAACAUGACAAGCUCAAAUUGAGGAUGGUGUUUUAG